AUGGAAGACGCCACUUGUGAAAGAACAGAGUAUUUGAGCAACUUUCAUCUUAAUGUGGAUGACCUAUAUUUGGUACCUGGAACUUUAGGGCGCAUUCGUGCCAAAGCUAACAGUAAUGUCAGAUAUGACCCAAAGGCUAUUGUCGCCAAUCUCACAUGCAAGAGACAAGACCAGCACUUUAAGCCCUAUCUGAAGCAACAUCUCCCCAAGCGGUUGCAUUAUGCUAAUAACCGAAGAAUUGAGGAUGUUCACUUGUUAGUGGAAAGAAAAUGGCAUGUGGCCAGGAGGCCUGGAGAUGUCUUUAAGAAAAUAACUGGAAAGUGCCUUUUCCAAGGAGACCAUGGAUAUGACAACAAGAUUAAUAGCAUGCAGACUGUCUUUGUAGGCUAUGGCCCUGCAUUUAAAUACAGGACAAAAGUCCCCCCGUUUGAAAAUAUCGAACUUUACAAUGUUAUGUGUGACCUUCUUGGAUUAAAGGCAGCCCCUAACAAUGGGACCCACGGAAGUUUAAAUCAUCUGCUUCGGAGCAAUACAUUUAAACCAACCAUGCCAGAUGAAGUUGCCAGGCCACUCUAUCCUGUAGCUGCAACGCCUCCGUCUGACUAUGACCUGGGAUGUACGUGUGAUGACAAGAAUAAGUUGGACGAACUCAAUAGGCGUCUUCAUGUCAAAGGAACAGAAGGUCCCAUCAUCCCCAGCAUUUUGGUGGCCAAAGGGGACCGUCAGCUCCCUUUUGCACCAGGAUCCAACCCACUAUGUGCAUCAGAUAAACACCUCCUUUAUGGCCGUCCUGCUGUUCUUUAUCGUACGAAAUACAGCAUUUUGCAUCACCAUGACUUUGAAAGUGGCUACAGCGAAACAUUCCUGAUGCCUCUUUGGACCUCUUAUACCAUUUCAAAACAGGCAGAAGUAUCUGGUGUUCCAGAGCAGCUAGUGAACUGCGUACGACCGGACUUGCGCAUUUCUCCAAGCAAUAGCCAGAGUUGCACACCCUACAGAGUGGACAGGCAGAUGUCCUACGGAUUCCUUUUUCCUCCCCAACUAAGUUCCUCGGCGGAAGCCAAAUACGAUGCUUUCCUAAUAACAAAUGUUGUCCCCAUGUAUCCUGCCUUCAAAAGAGUGUGGAAUUACUUUCAGAGGGUUUUGGUGAAGAGGUAUGCCACUGAGCGGAACGGAGUCAAUGUCAUAACCGGGCCGAUUUUUGAUUACGACUUCGAUGGCGUACACGACACAACAGACAAAAUCAAACAGUACGUGGAGGGCAGCUCCAUCCCAGUUCCAACCCAUUACUACAGCAUCAUAACAAGCUGUUUAGAUUUCAACCAGCCAGCUGACAAGUGUGACGGACCGCUUUCUGUUAUGUCUUUUAUAAUCCCGCACCGGCCCGACAACGAGGAGAGCUGCCUUAGUUCCGAGGAAGAUUCGCGGUGGGUGGAGGACCUCUUGAAGAUGCACACGGCUCGAGUACGCGACAUUGAGCUGCUGACAGGCAUGAACUUUUACCGGAAGACCAGCCGGAGCUACUCAGAAGUGCUUUCUUUAAAGACAUAUCUGCACACGUUCGAAAGCGAAAUCUAACCUCCUUUCGUGAAUUUGGCACAUCCUCUCCUCAAGUGGUGUAUAUUUUUAUAUUGUAUUUAUUAAUUUGAAACAGGACGUUAAAAUUAUUAGUGUGUUUUAAUCUCUCGCACCAGAUCUUAAAACGUUUAAAGUCUUGUGUCAGUCGUUUUCCGUUUUUGAUUCCUUUAACGGAGGGUGUGUCUUCGGGUCCGUUUUAAUAGGCAGAAAUCUCUCUCCUGUUUUUUUUUGUAGUGCUGAGGCGCUUGAGUGUUUUUGAUCGAAGCUUUCAGAAGCAUUGAUAUCCACAUUCCGAAAACAUUAAUUCCCGCCCCCCCAGCACUCCCUUGUCUGGUUUUUUAGUCCCGAACUGUGUAUCAAACAUGUAAAAUGACAAUUACUAUUAAUUAUGUGAUAGACAUAUUUAAGCUCCAUAGAGAAUAGAAAUCUAAAUACAAUAAAA